AUGACGAGAAAUGAUCGCUUUUCAACUAUGGGGGAUUGUCUUAUGAGGUACCAGAAAACAGGAGAGUUCAGUGACCUCCUACCCGUCUGCGAAGGACACAGGUUUAAGGUUCACAAAGUCAUCAUAUGCUCUCAAGUUGAACCCAUCCACGCUGCCUGCACUCAAGAUUUCAAAGAGGCUCAUACCAGAAUUUACGAGUUCGAAGAAGAAUCUCAUAUCGUCGUCCGCAAAGUGAUAUCUUACCUCUACACCCGGUUCUAUGAUGUAUCGCAGGAGCACCUGGGAGAGGGAGAUGAUAACGUCGGCCCGGGAUUUUCAGAUCUCGAGCUCCAUGCUUAA